AUGACUGUUUGUGCUGUGAAAUCAUGUAAAAAUUACUCUUGGAAAAAAGAUAAGGAUAAGGACAUCACUUUUCAUAAAUUUCCAACUGAUCCCGUAAUUUCAAGUCGUUGGACUGAAAUAAUAAGGCGGGCUCGAAAGGAAUCCUGGUGGAAGCCUAAAGAAAGGACGUGUAUAUGUUCAGCUCACUUUCAUGUCAAGGACAUUUACACAACAAAGAGUGGACGUCGUAGAAUUCGCUCAGGGGCUGUGCCUGCAAAGGAUUUAUACAUAUCUUCAAUAAUCUCUAAUGAUGACGAAACAGAGACGCAAAACGAAGAUUCAAAUUUAGAGGUUAAUUCGGAAGAACUUGUAGAAAAGAACCUGAAUGAACCUGUAAGUAAAACCGGUUAUAUCUGUUAUAUUAUUCUAUAUUGUAACACCAACCACAAUGGCUAA